GCAUUUAUAACUCAACUUUGCCAUAUGUUCUUGUCCCAAGUGCUUGUCAUCUCGAUUAAAUUGCUCAGAAGUGUGUGCAGUGUAGAAGCUUUGGCAGAGUUGGGCACCAUAUUUCAGAGCCUCAUCUGAUCUGUUUGCACGAGUGGCGAUAAAGGAGUUGACUUGCAUACUGGAUCAUGUGCUAUUUGUAGCACAUCUCUGAGACAUCAUUAAUCAAAUUCGCUUGAUCUCUGCCUCAACUCAUGAUGUGCGUGGCUUGCCGUCAUCUAAUUGAUGAAACCUGGGACAGAACUGACGGCUGUCAAACUGACGCUCAGGGUUCACCCACGCUGUUACAGAUGGCAGGAUUUCCUUCCUCUCAAAGGCUGCAUGAUAUUCCACUGUAUAUAUAAGGGACAAAACCCAAAUGAGAGACUGUCUACCUAAGAAUAUAAAUGAACUGAAAGUGAUCACUAAGUUUCUCCACCUAGAAGCUGAAAUCUUGUUACUGCUGUUCAUUAAAAAAAAAAAAAAAAGAAUUCCACAAGUACUCCUCCAAGAAGGGUAUAUAAAGGCGGGUGAGGAGGCCUCGGGCAGAUCACUGGGAAAUUUUGGCAUGGGCAAGGUGACCUAUAAGCCACAAACUUCUAGCAGAGUUACAGAACAACCGACUCCAAGCACCUCAGGGAGAAAAGAGAAGACCCCCUUUCAACUCGGGUCCAGAGACAGUGACAUGGUAGCCAAGACAAUUAUGAAAGCUAAAAGAUAUCCUCAAGGGAGUUUAAGAGAAGACACCUCUUCCAGAGUUCCCAUCCCUUUAAUUAAUUCUAAGAAAACCAAAGGAUCAAUCCUAUUCAGCCAUUAUCACAAGCUGAAUGAAAAGCUGAAUCAAAAUGAACCCAAGCAGUCCCAAGAGAGUGUAGAAAAACCCACCACUUCAGAUGAAGAGCCGGGCAGCCAGAACUUCAGAGUGGAGCCAGAGGCCUCAAAUAUCUGUGAAAUCUCCAAAGUCUAGCCACUUCGAAAUGGCAACUACUUAGAGACCAAACUACACGAACAGGGUACAUGCAUGGUAAUGAAUAAAAUAAAAAUUCACCCUGUUGUGAAAAUUUG